AUGAUGACAAAUUCGCCUCGGGAAGGUGAUUUCGAAACUUUUCAAUCCAUAACUUUGAAAAAAACCAAAUCAGCACAGGACUCUCACCCAGCUACUGUAGUUGCGAUUAGAGCAUCGAGACUGUCCCUCGUCCACGCUAAUCAACACGCAAUUGAUUUCGCCUUCCUUUUUUUUUGCGAUUCGUUCUGGUUGUGGUUCAUUUCUGUUCUUUCAUCGAAGACAUGCGGUUAUAGGUCAUAUACUCGUCGUUUCUUCAUUGAUUCAGUUAAAGUGAUGGACUUUUCUGCGAUUGAUGAAAUUAUCGAGAGAGCACGGAAGAACGAUGACUAUAAAACCACUGACUCCCUUUAUAAAGAGGCAAUUUCGGAGAUAGAAGCAGUUAGUGUAAAUCUUGGCGUUUCGGAGAAAAAACAACUACGGCAUGUUAUCACACUUCUGCGUAAGGAACGUAAAGCGAAAGCUCGAGAAGCAGAAGCUGUUAGAGAACUAUAUGCAGCGAUGCAAUCGCUGGAGAGCCCCAUCGAUGCACCUCCUGCUGAUCCGGAUGUCUGGCCUGCUCCUCCUCCGAAAAGAACCACCACCCAGAGUACUCGGACGAAGACAGUAUCCACUAAGAAUCGUAAUAAUGAAGCUAAUGAAAGUAUUGUCGUGAAGAAACCAGUGAGAAAGUCAAGUAGUCAAAACGCAUUGUCCGACAGGAAACCCAAACAAGGCGCUGCGGCAGCCAGUACUUCAACAGUCUCUGAGCCUCCAGAUUCUGCCGCAAAUCCUCCUGAAGAAAAACGACAGGACGAGUUUGUCCCAAAAGGAUAUUGUCCGGACCUAGUGGAAGCAAUAGAGCAAACAAUGACACGUAAUGGUACGGAGGUCUCAUGGGAUGAUAUUGCGGGUCUUGAGGGUCCCAAAGAACUAUUCAAGCAAACUAUAGUACUUCCUGCACUCAUGCCUAGCUUUUUUAAAGGGAUUCGGCGGCCCUGGAGAGGAGUUUGUAUGGUUGGACCACCAGGAACUGGAAAAACUCUUUUGGCAAAAGCUGUUGCAACAGAAUGUAAAACGACUUUCUUUGCUGUAAACUGCGGAGAUCUUGCUAGUAAAUGGCGUGGAGAUUCUGAGAAGAUGAUCAAGCUAUUGUUCGAGAUGGCUCGUCACUUUGCUCCGUCCACAAUCUUUAUCGAUGAAAUUGACACUAUUGGGAGCCAACGAGGGCAAGCUAACGAACAUGAAGCGAGUAGACGCGUCAAGUCGCAGCUGCUUGUCGAAAUGGAUGGAUUCGCUAAAGAGGAGGACGGAAAAAGAGUGCUCGUUCUGGCUGCAACGAACUUUCCUUGGAUGCUAGACGAAGCACUGCGCCGUAGGUUUGAACAACGGAUUUACAUCCCAUUGCCGGAUCAACCAGCCCGACUAUCUCUGUUACGUUCAUCUCUAAAAGAAGUCCGUGUGGAUGACGAUGUAGAUCUUGAGACCUUCGCUGGGCAACUAGAGGGGUACUCUGGCGCUGACAUCACGAAUGUUUGCCGAAAGGCUGCGCUGAUGGGAGUGAAGAGACUUACCAAGGCGAUGACGCCAGCCGAAAUAGCCAAACUUUCUCCAGAAGAGCUAGACCUUCCUGUUACUUGGCAAGAUCUACAAGAAGCUCUCGGCGAUACUAACCCGUCUGUUUGUGAGGAGAAUAUCCAACAGUACACCGCUUGGAUGGAGAAGUAUGGCUCUACAUAG